AGCAGCAUCAGUUCAGCAUCAGCAAUUGUAGAACAAUCAAGCAGCAGCAACAAAAUGAAAUUCUUCAGCGUUGUCACCGUCUUUGUGCUCGGUCUCUUGGCUUUGGCCAGCGCCGUUCCACUGUCCCCCGAUCCCGGCAAUGUGGUCAUCAAUGGCGACUGCAAAUACUGCAAUGUUCAUGGCGGAAAGUAAACAAAUGGCAAUGACUAAACAAUUAGCUUACCUCAACUUGUUGGCACCAUAUUUAUGUUCACUUGGCACUUUAGCAUUUAAAUAACAAUAAAAAACAAAACAAUACACAACAGAAAACAAAA